AAAAAGUGAGAUAAAAUAAACUUUGAAACUAAAUUUAUGGAUAUGUGCCUCCUGAUUAAAAAAUGGAGAUAGGAUGAGAAAGAUGGAAACAAAACGUGUGUUUUUGGAACAGCUCUGAGCUUGUUUUCCAUUUUAUAUUCCAAAUUUUGCUUUGUUUAAAGAAAUAAGUGAAUUAGCAGAAUUCCUUUCAAUAUUCAUUCUAUAGCUGAUACUAAUGCUUAGUUUUAUAUUGCAGUUAUUAUUUGGUAUGGAAGAAGAUGAGUUUUUUGAAGAAAAAACAUUCCAGCAUUAUUGUGCAGAAUUCAUCAAACAUUCACAGCAGAUAGGUGAUGGUUGGGAAUGGAGAACUUCAAAGGACUCUUCUGAUGGAUACAUGUGCAAAACGCAUUUUCAAAUUAAAAAUGGGACAGUGGUGUCACAUCCAGGAACAUCUGCCCAUGUACAGACGUGUCUUCCCAUGGAGGAGGCUUUGGAGUUACCCCUGGAUGAUUCUGCAGUGACUGAGACCGCAGCAGCAACCGGCGUGAUUAAAUAUGAGUAUCAUGUCUUGUAUUCCUGUAGCUACCAAGUGCCUGUGCUUUACUUUAGGGCAAGCUUUUUAGAUGGAAGACCUUUAUCUCUGAAGGAUAUAUGGGAAGGAGUCCAUGAGUGCUACAAGACGCGGCUGCAACAGGGACCCUGGGACACCAUCACCCAACAGGAGCACCCCAUACUUGGGCAACCCUUUUUUGUGCUGCAUCCCUGCAAGACGAAUGAAUUCAUGACUCCCGUGUUAAAGAAUUCUCGAAAAAUCAAUAGGAAUGUCAACUACAUCACGUCUUGGCUGAGCAUCGUAGGGCCCGUUGUUGGGCUGAAUCUACCUCUGAGUUAUGCCAGAGCCACCUCGCCCUCUGGGGAUGAAUGAAAUGUCAAUUGACAAGAUUUUUCUGUUGAGCUGAAGAGCUUAGAAAUCGCAGCAUGAGGAACCCUGGAGGUUUAUAUGCUGACCCUGGUUUUAGUGGGACCACUGCCCUGAGUUUUCCGCUCACCAAGAUUUUGACAUGGAUUUUUUUUCCUCCUUGGAAGCAAAUGUCUGCAGCAACUGAUAUACGAUAUAUUUAAAAGAAGCACCUCAAAGACACAAAUCAAUAUAAAUAGCAAAAAAUGAGCCUAACUCGAGCAUAGAAAUGCUGACAUCAUUACGGCUUUUUCGAGUCAUUCUUCCAUGUCUCUGAGACUGUUUCCUUCAGUUUUCCUGUGAGAAUAACAAGCUGCCUCAGUAGGGUUGCUGUGGGGACCACAUGAGGCCAUCGAUAGAUGGGAAAUGUUGUAAAGUGUUAUACAAAUAUGCCUUAAUGCUCUCCUUUCUGGCGUUUGGUUGUUAGUCACCCAGUCUGUCAAUAAAUUUACGAGCCAGUAAGGUAUUCGGAUGAACA